AUGGCAAACCGACUUUCCCAUUCCCUAGAAGAGAUCGAAUCGCACACCCCUGCUAUCAAGUCCCAAGAUGGCAACACCGGCGACGACAUCAUGUCCAAGAACGGCGAGACUAUCCAAGAGGGUGACCACGUAUAUACUAAGAUCCGAGGUGGACGACAUGAGGGUGAUGUCGAAAAGAUAGUCACAAGAGGUGUUUGA